UGCAUCCAAAUGUGAACAUUUCCUGCUUUUUCUGAUUUUCAAUUUCAUUCGCAUUGCAUUUAUGGAGAGCCAACUUCCGUUUCAGCAGCCAUUUCCGAUCAGCCACGAAGCCUCCGCCGCCACCUCCACAGACGACGCUUACUUCACCGGAAUCUACGCUGGACUCAGUUUCCGCUCACUUCUCACAGGCGGUUCCUUCGAACCAGCAGCGGAAGCUAGAGAUCCACUCAAAACAUCGAAAUCAGAGCCGUUCUUCCCCACCGGCGACGGCGCCGCUCCUCUCUACAAUUUCGUCUCCGAAACGGCGCCGUUUCCUCUCCACCACCAGCUGCCAGGCCUCCUCUCCUACGAGCUGCCACAAAACGCCGUUGAAAUCAAUUCCCCGGCGCCAAACCCUAGAUCCGAGGCGGAUCCGAAGGAAAAGCGGCCGCGGCGGAGGUCGGGCAAGCUGAGCGACAAGACGCAGUGCCUGCGGAAGCUGCUCCCCGGCGACGAGAAAAUGGACAUUGCGACGGUGCUGGAAGAGGCGUACAAGUACAUCGUCUUCCUCAAGUCGCAGGUGCGCGCUCUCCAGUCGAUGCCGUGCCAGAGCGGCACCGGCGCCGCGACGAACGCCGCCGGCGGAGAUUUGUACGAGCUGAACAGGCAGCAGUUGCUGCAGGUGGCGACGAACUCUCCGGCCGUGCAGGCAAAGCUGUGCGCCGAAGGCUGCUGCGUUUACGCGGCGGAGCAGCUGCAUUUGGUGGAGAAGAUCGCUGACCGGAAGGCGAUGAUUGAUCAGCAGAUGAUGUACGGAUCCCUCUCUAACCCUAACGUCUUUCAUGCUUGAGGAAAUGGGGGCAUCGCAGAGGAGGAUAUUUUGGGGAUUUUGCUGAGAUUUCAUUUCUGUUUUACUGUUUUGGAGUUUUACAGUAGAAAUUUUGGGAUAGAAAUUAUCGUAAACAUAAGAAUGUUCAGAUCGAAUUUGGAUCAUUAUAGUAGUUUAGAUUCUUUCGAAAAACUCAAGUAACGAUCUAAACUUUGAUUGAUGACACUUG